UACAAAUAUAACAUAUUACACAGCAUGUUUACAUCUGACGAGCAUAUGUCAGAUGUAAAAGGCUAUGUGGAGUAACCUUUUCAUCUGGCUUCAAUAUCCACAGAUGUAAAAAAUAAAUAGACAAGACUUUUUACAUCUGACUUCAAUGUACCAGAGGCAUAACUAAACGCGGUGGCAAUCUUGUAAUUAUGGUGAAAAUUAUCUAAAAUAUGUAUGUAUCUGGCCAUAUUUAGGCACAGAUGUAAAAUGUCAGGUUAAAUACAAAAAAAAAAAAAAUUUUUGGAACAAAGGUAAAGAGUGUAUCUGUCUCUCUCCCAAAAGAACUAAACCCUCACCUUCAAAUCGCGUCCUCACCUUCAAAUCGCAGCGCCGUCCUCACCUUCAAAUCCACAGCGCCGUCCUCACCUUCAAAUCGCAGCAACCCACAGCGCCGUCCUCACCUUCAAUUCGUAGCAACCCAGCAACACCCACCCUCUUCAUCUUCACGAACGAAGCAAAACCCGUCUCACCUUCACGAACGAACGAAGAAGCAAAACCGUCCUCACCUUCGAUUCGCACCCAAAACGCAUCAACCCAGCGCCGUCCUCACCUUCGCAAGAACCAGCGCCGUCCUCUCUCUCAACUCACCACCAGCGCCGUCCUCUCUCUCACGAACCCUAACUCCAAAUCGAUUCAGGUACUCUUCUUUCUAUUUUAAUCCUUUUUAAAUAUUUUCCUUUUUAAUUUGAAGGAAGCAUUGUUGAGAGCAAUCAAUGAUAUUGAUGCGAAGUUUUCUGAGGUAAGUUUGACUUUUUGUUCACUUUUACAAAUUUUUUUUAUUUGAUACAUUUUUGUGUGUGUUCUUGUAUUAACAUCUUUCAAUUGAACUAUGAAGGAAGCCUCUAGAAAUAACCUUCAUUCAGGAUCUACAGCAACAAUUGUAUUGGUUGCAGAUGAUAAAAUUUUGGUUGCCAAUAUUGGAGACUCUAAGGCUUUCAUUUGCUCUGAAAAUUUUCAGUCUCCUAAGGAGGCUAAAGCCUCUUUAUUAAAGCUGUAUAGGCAGACAGAGCGUGAUGGUUCUGUUUCUGUGUGGAAUCGUGAAAAGUACAGAUUAGCAUCUUCCAAUGGGUUCACUCAUUUUGCAGUGAAGGAAUUGACUAGCGAUCAUCAUCCAGACAGAGAGGAUGAAAAAACUCGGGUGGAAGCUGCUGGUGGUCAAGUUCUAAAUUGGGGUGGUGUACCUCGCGUAAAUGGUCAGUUAGCUAUUACACGGGCUAUGGCAGCAGUUGUUGUUCCUCUGGAAUCUGCUAAAUCUUCUGCGAACUCACUUAGAAGAAGCUAUACUGAAAAUGAGGAUGCAGGCUUCCCAUCAUUUGGGCUGCAGGAAUCAGCUUACAGAAGCUCAGCUAAUGAUAUCACCUCUGAUCUAUUGCACCUGGAGCACCCUCAUUUGCUAGAUACCAAGUUUAAGCGAAUAUUGGUUGAAGUGAAACAUGGUGAUUUUGGAUGUUUUUAUUUAUCUGAAAAUCUUGAUGAUUCAGUGGAUUCUAAGUGGCCUCCCAAAAAAGAUGACCGGGAAGACUAUUUGUAUGAACUACCCCAGCCUCUACCAGAUGCCCUUCACCAACAAGCUGCAGUAGAUGGCCCUGUAAUUUUGUACAAUGACCAAAACUUUUGCUUUCACCUGAGUUCAACUAUCAAUCAAGCCAAAGACCAAUGCAUAAACCCUGAAGGCUUUGCCAGUUUUAUUGGUCUUCUUGAAUCAAUUCCUUUAAUUGAUGCUGGUUCAGAUAAUGAGUCUUCUGAUUAUUCGAUGCCUGAUUCAAGGUAAAUUUAUCUGCUUUGAAUUCCUAUGCAAAUAGUACUGCCGAGAAAGAAAGACUUGAGCAAGUGAGGUGUUCGAUGAUCCCACGUCAUUAACCGAGGAGGAGAUGUAUGAAUUGCGAAACAACUGGGCUACUUGUUUUCUUGACCUGUACAAUCCCGAGGUAGAUUAUGUUGUUUCCGAUGAUGAGGUUUAGGAGCUAGCUAGUUACAAUAGAUUGACAUUAACUAGGAUGUUUUGAAUUGUAAUGACUUGUAUUUUGCUUGAAUGUUAUAACAUUUUGGAUUGUUUUGGUAUUUUGCUUGACUUGUAAGACUUGGUAUUUUAUUUGAAUUGUAAUGACUUUGGUACGUAA